CUGCUCGGAGGGGAGCCUUCAUCAUUCAGUGGUUUCUCACUAGAGGUACCUGCAUGGUUUGAAAUCUCCCUCUCUCUCUCUCUCGCUGUUCCCUUGUCUUAAAGUUCCUGUUCGUGUGUGCUUAAAAAGUGAAGAAUAUAAGGAAAUGAAUCCUGGAAAAGGUGGGAAGACACAGGAUUUCCUUAAGAUUUAAAAACUUCAGGAUCUGUUCUUGCGGCUCAGUCGCUCAACAAGUUCGCCUUCGCAGUUGGUUUUUCACUAAUGUAAAAGUAGGAGCUGCUCGCCCUUUCUACCCUGCAGUUUACCUCUCGAGGUGAAGGAGAGCUGCUGACCCGUUGGAACGUUUUGCGAUUGUGAACAGGUUAUCUCCCAGCAUGGCACCUUUGCCGACUCUUCUCAUCCUCCUGUGUGCCGUCAGAGGCGCUUUGCUCUAUCAUCCCAUCUGGAAACCCAUGUGGCCGGCGUCCAAAGUGCCAGUGGUAUUGCCUCAGCUGACCGAAGAUUUAGAUGCCCCAGAGUUCACUGCCGAGGCCAAGCUUGAAGUAACAUCUCCAUGCGGCCCCGAAUGUCACAAGAGGGCAUCAGUGCCCAGCUACGAGGAGCUGAAAGAGCUCCUCUCCUAUGAGACUCUGUACUUCAAUGGGAGCUUGACCCAGACCAACGUUGGCAUCUACGGCCUGAACGUGGCAGAGCUGGCUAGGACCCAGGGAACCAAAGGGAGGUCAAGGGCUAAGAGGCAAAUAUACGGCCAUGACAGCAGGUUUAGCAUUUUUGGGAAGGACUUCUUGUUAAACUACCCCUUCUCCACCUCUGUUAAGGUCUCAACAGGUUGCACAGGGACUCUGGUGGCCGACAGGCAUGUCCUGACAGCUGCCCACUGCAUUCACGACGGGAAGAGCUAUGUCAAGGGGGCCAAGAAGCUGAAGGUGGGUUUCCUGAAGCCAAGGCAGAAAGAGGAGAGCAGCAACCAGACAAGGUCCCACCUCCCUGAGAAGAUGAAGUUCCAGUGGAUUCGUGUGAAGCGCACCCACGUCCCUAAGGGGUGGAUCAAGGGAAACGCCAACGACAUCGGCAUGGAUUACGACUAUGCCUUGCUUGAGCUCAAAAAGCCCCACAAGCGACGCUACAUGAAAAUCGGAGUGAGUCCAACGGCUAAACAGCUGCCCGCUGGGAGGAUCCAUUUCUCAGGCUACGAUAAUGACCGUCGGGGAAAUCUGGUCUACCGUUUUUGUGAAGUACGAGAAGAAACCUACGACCUCCUGUAUCAACAAUGCGAUGCCCAGCCUGGGGCAAGCGGCUCCGGUGUCUAUGUGCGCAUGUGGAAGAGGGAGCACCGACGCUGGGAGCGCAGAAUAAUUGGCAUCUUCUCAGGGCACCAGUGGGUGGAGCGUGACGGCAUGCCGCAGGACUUCAACGUGGCGGUUCGCAUCACCCCCCUGAAAUACGCACAGAUCUGUUACUGGAUAAAGGGCAAUUACGCGGACUGCCGGGAUGGAUAAAAUGAUAUACAUAAAUGAAACAAAUACAUUAAUACAGCUAUAGCCAAAAGUUUUGCGUCACCUAGAAUUUUAGGAUUGAGACAUAAUAAUAAAAAAAUUAUAUAUAUAUAUAUAUAUAUAUAUAUAUAUAUAUAUAUAUAUAUAUAUAUAUAUAUAUAAACAUAAUUUAGAUAUUUUAUUUAACAUCAUGUAAUCAAAUAAACUAUGAAAUGAUAUCACAAAAGUCUACCAGAAACCAGUACAGUAUUUCAUGUUAUAUUUUGAAAUGUCACAUUUUUCAAUUGUCAUUAAGUAUAUGGAAAACUACAAAGCGGUUUGUAAUUCAAUAUGUUAACGUUACAUUUUUCAGCAGGUUUCAUUCAACUAUUAGUUCAUUCUAUAGGGUGAUGAAAAACAUUUGGCCAUAGCUGUACAGACAUAAACACUAAAACAAAAAAAGCACUUUUAAGGUAAUGAACCCCUCCCUUCUAGAACUCUGCUUCAGAUUGCAUUACACAGUUACAGGUUAUGGGCAGACAGCAAACAAAUCAAAGGGGCAGUGGUUGGCUUGUAGAGGCCCUUUUCUGUUCCUAAAAUACCUUAUGUUAAAACAACCAUGCAACUUAUGACACUUCCAAGCAGCCAUUCAACAGAACGUUUUCAUGGCUCCCAUGAUGUUACAGGUGCACCAUCACAGGACACGGACAUCCGAGAUCUGGAAAGGACAGUUUUGUUUCCCUUUGGUCAUUCGCUUGACCACCUUGUUUUUCAAGUUUAGGGUGCUAUAUAGUGGCUUUUUAAGAAUGUUAUGCAUAAAUUAAUUUGAAAAGGAUAAGGCCUUAUGUUAUACACAGACACAUGUUUACAUGAAUUCCUGUUGCUUACUUUAAAAGACAGUAUUUCUGUAUCUUCCAGUCAUGUAUCAUGAUUUUAAUUAAUUUAAGUUUCACACACAGUUCAUUAGAUUUAUUCUUUUUCUAGUGAUAAGAACCCAUGUCAUUUUUUAGUGUCUCCUAAUAUACAAAUGACAAAAUAUGGCUAACAGUUAAAAGUAGCACUUAUUUAAUCAUCAAAAAUGUUUUUGUUCUUGUUUUGAGUCCUGUUUGGGCCGAUGAGAUGCAGUAGGUAAUCCAGGAAUACAAAAGCUGUUUUUUUUUAAAAUGACCUGCAAUGUAAUGGAGAUUUGAGGAUAGUGUUGGUCUGCUUCGUAAAAAACAUUAACAUACUAUACAUGAAACAAAAAAAAAUAAUAAUUGAAAUCAACUUUACAGCACUAGAAUUUGUACAUAAUUAGUUGCAAAAUGUUUAACCAAAGAUUUGAAUAGAAGCUUGUUGCAAUUUUGUUUUGAAUGAAAGUGCAGAGUUUAUAGAAUUAGUUCACUGCCUAGUGUCGACACGAUAAAAGCUCAAUGGAAGGGGUUAGGAGAAGCCAACUGUAGCAACUCCUCCAGCAAUCUGAGAAAUUGAGUAUCCAGAAAUUCAGACCAAUUUGUGGUUUUGUCUUGUUGGAAUGUCUGUCUUCCUUUGCCUGUCGCUACAUUCACCCAAAAACAACCACGUCCUUUUUGAUGAUUAAACAGCAGCACAACAAGGCACUGAUCAUUUCAUAUAGUCUUAUUUACUGCAUCUACAAAGAUUCCUCCCUGACCUCUAAGCGAUCGAGCACUGCUCCCGUAGAAAUUAGUCUUUUUAGUACUAGUGCUGAACUAGCCUGGCUUACCCGACGAAGACGCUCCCUUUUAUUGUGUUCUCUCAUGUGCUACCAUCAUGGCUUCCGAUUGGUGAAAUUCCAUGCCGCAAAAUAUUAUAUUUCUUCAUACCACAUUCCACUCCAAAAGGAUUGGUGCAAAUAAAUCACACACACUACUUGCAGAUAGGAAUUCCACAGCAGUGUUGCAGCCUGCAAGUCCGAGGAAUAGUUUACUAACCACCUUUUCGAAAGUGCAGAGGGACCUUUCCUAUGCUGUUUCUACACAAUACUGUGAUAAGAGACAGAGAGUGAGAGAGACAGAAAGAAAUUUGGUUUGUAACAAACUGUUAACAAGAACACUUGAGUUUCACCAGAUUUUAAACUUGAUGGAUUUUAAACAUGACUUGCAAAAAAUAAAAUACCAAAGCCAUA